UCUUCCGCUCCGACCCCGCUGGCCCUGGCUCUGUCACCUCACAGUAGUCGUUGCCCGAGGCGGGCGUGGGGGCGCGAGCAGCGAAGGGGCGCGAGCAGCGAAGGGCGGCCUCUUCCCCCGCCCCUCAGGCCGGGCCUAGGCUCGGUUCCCCCACGCUCCUUUCGUUCCCCACCCCGGUCGGGUACGGGAAGGUCCAAGCCGCUGCCUGGUGCCAGAGGGACUUUGUGGCCGCCGCCACGGGUCCCGAUGGAGCCGCCGAAUCUCUAUCCCGUGAAGCUCUACGUGUACGACCUGUCCAAGGGCCUGGCCCGGCGGCUCAGCCCCAUCAUGCUGGGGAAACAACUGGAAGGCAUCUGGCACACCUCCAUCGUCGUCCACAAGGACGAGUUCUUCUUCGGCAGCGGCGGGAUCUCCAGCUGUCCCCCGGGAGGGACACUGCUUGGGCCCCCGGACUCUGUGGUUGACGUGGGGAACACAGAAGUCACAGAAGAGAUCUUCCUGGAGUACCUGUCCUCCCUGGGGGAGUCCCAGUUCCGGGGCGAGGCCUACAACCUCUUUGAACACAACUGCAACACCUUCAGCAACGAAGUGGCCCAGUUCCUGACCGGGCGCAAGAUCCCUUCUUACAUCACUGACCUCCCCUCUGAAGUUCUAUCCACCCCCUUCGGACAGGCCCUGCGGCCCCUCCUGGACUCCAUCCAGAUCCAGCCUCCCGGGGGCAGCACCGUGGGCCGACCCAACGGCCAGAGCUAACAGGACCGCACGGACCGCCCUGUCUCGCCAGGGCUUUUUCUUUUUAAACAAAACAAACCCUACCAGAUUUCUAUUUUAUAAUUUUACAUCAGAGCUAACAACCAGGGGACAGCUUUUUAAAUUUCCCAGGGAAGGAGAUCAUCAGGCUGCGUGUAGGACAAUGCUGCUAAGCAACAGAACAAAACGCCACCCCUUCCAAUAGUAUUACACUAAUUUAUUAAGGCUGCCUUGUCUGUGAGUUCACUUGUGACCCUGCUUCCUAAGCGUCCCCCACGCUCGAGAGAGGGAGUGGGUUUGUUACCGCAGAAAGUGGAAUCACAGUUUGGGGGAGCCCCAACCUAGAACCUCUUUCCAGAGAAUGCCCACGCUCUACCCAGGUGAGUGUUACAACAGCCAUGACCCGGAAGCGGAUGCUCUCUAGUGCUAAAUGAACCAAAGGAGCUGGUGCACGUGGAACCCGUCUGAGAAGGACUCGCCCAACCUAAGUGAACUCGUUAGCCACAACCUGUGUCACCUUCCCUCCUGUCCCCCGGGAAGGCCCUGGGGCCGGAGCUGGAGCAGCCAGAACCGCACAUUGAGGGAGAGUGACAGCCAGUGUCAGGUGGAGAACACGGGACAAAGCCACUCCUCCUCCCUCCUGGACCGAGUGCCAACCCUCCGACAUGGCUCCUGGAGAACCUGCCUUGCCGCCGCGGGCUGCUCUUCCUCAGCAGGGCUGGCCUGUCGUGGUUAACGAAGGUCUGGGCUGGAGCCGCAGAGACCCGGCGUUCUGUCUGCCAGUAAUAACGUAGGUCACGUGCAGUCACUGGACCCGCCCCCCAGGCCAGCAUGCUGUCUGCAGCUAGGGACCAAGGGGAGAGGACUCCCUGCCCCAGGAAAAGAUCCCUGAUGUAGAAAGAACAAUAAUGCGCAGUCGACGUGGCAAGGAAAUUCAGAGUUGCUGCUGGUAGGAAUUUUCACAUUACCCUAAAUGUGCUGUGAAGACACGUGCUGUUUCCGUCGUCAUUCUGACUUUAGGGAGGCAUGGCAUGCGUGGGCAUUUUCCUUAUGAGCUGCUGUUAAGAGCUUACAGGCAGGGAAAAAUCUGGAAGUCUCUUAUCUAGAGUGGCUUUCGGAUUCCUUUUCUUCACUUGAGUCUCCCCUUAAGUCAGCUCUUGGGGACAUGAGGUGGGAGGAGGACUCAGCUGCCAGGCACCUGCGUCCCCGCUCCGGCAUUCAUGGGCCCCUCCUGCCACUUCUCAGACUUGAAUUAUGUUGUCUUUCCUGGGGUUUGGCCUGCAGCAGGUGCCUUUCCUCUCCAAAAAGCUGCUGCUCACCCCGGCCACCUCCCCUCCCAUCUGCGCCGUCGGCUGCAACCGUUGGCGUCGGCAGGGUCUCAGCCAGAGGAAGAGACGUUCCGCUGCCCUAGUGCUUGCCUGUGGCCUGACCCGGGGCGCGUGCGUGACAUGACGACCAGCUGUGAUGUCAAGUAACACUUUGGAACUUUUAAGAUUGGAGGCCAAACCAAGGAGCAGUUUAGUUCUAAUCAGGACCCACGGAUUUGCCAGAAUGCUACACUAGAGCAGUGAUACAUCAGAGCAGUAACUGGCACUUAAUGUUGACCGACGAGCAGAAUGGACCGUGGAGACUGGGUUGCAGGCUGGGCGUGUCCCGGGAAGGCAGUGUGCUGGCCCGUGCCUUCUCCAGCUCGCCUUGCGCAGGUCUCCCUCUCCAGCGGGCUCUUGCUCCAGACCUCUCUGCCCAGAGCUCCGGCCAGAGAGUGGGGCUCGCCGCCCCAACAGUCACCUCCAGACCCGAGGCAGUACUGAGAGACGGCUCCACUGAGAGACUUCGAGUCACUUGGCUCGUUGAAGGUCCCUCUCAUGUCCAACACCCAUUUGUGCCAACGCCUGUGCCCCAGGGGGAAACGGGUCAGUCAACUGUCUUCUCAGAGCCCUGCAGGAAAGCAAGCUCCCCCCCACCACGCCACCCCAGUCCCAGCGGCACUGACUCCGGCAGCCCAGACUCAGGCUCGGCGCCCCCCGCCCCCACCCAUCUCUGCAUCCCUCUGUCUGCCAGCACCCCAGGAGCGUGGCCACUGUGCCCAGCUAGCUCCGCAUGGGCGAGCAGAACGAGCCGUGUUUCACCGUAGCGUGCAGCGGGCACCCCAGAGAGGCCCACUGGUGUGAAGGAAGAGGGAUGAGACGGCACCCCAUCCCAGAAAUAAAGCUUGUACCUUUGAGAUUCUUUUUUGCCCUUGAAGUCAAACUAAUAACGGUUUAGUAUGGAGGUGUUUGCUGGUUUUCUGUGAUGUUUUUUCUAAUGCAAUAAACACUUCUGCCUGCUG